AUGGAUUUCUACAGCGAAAUAAUAUUUGUUAAAAACCUUUAUGCAUAGAUACCUUACUUAUAAUUUAUAAAAAAUUAAGAUCAAAAGGCAAUAAAUAAAUAAUUUGAAAUUUAAAAUAUUUUUAUUUUGGAAAAUUACAAGAAAAAUGAUUAAAUCUAAAUUUAUCUUGACCAAUUUACUCAAAACUUGAAUAUAGGUCAUAUUCAUUACUUAAACAAAUUUUCUUAGAAAUUUUACCUUUUUUUGAAAAAUUUGCCAAACACUACAAUUAAAAACAUUGAUUUGAAUUUAGACAAUUACUAAAAUAAUUCAGACCUUGACUAACCUAUUAUUACUGGAGUUAAUUUACAAAAUUUUACUUUAAGAAAUGCAAAUUUUUUGUCUAAUUUCAGCACACUCAAUAUCAACAUAUUCAAAUUUUAAAACGUGAAUACAAUAAAAAUUGAAUAGUUGAGUAUAUAAGACACAAUUUUUAAAUAAAAAUUGGUUGAUGUAAAUAAAUCUAAUUAUACACUCUUAAGUGGUUUUAGAGUAAAAAAUUGUUUCUUUAAUGAAAGUCUUAUUGAGAUGCAAUAAACCCAUAUAAAUAUAAUAAAAAACUCCAUCUUUAUCUUAGAAUCAAAUUCAUCCUUGUUUAACUACUUUUCAGCUUUAGAUAAUUUAAAUUAAACAAGCGAGUCAAUUACAAAAAACUAAAUGCUAGCUCUUUUUGACAAAAAAGAUGGCUCUAAGUCUUUAAUUAAUAUAUAUGAUUUUUAAGAGGUUUAUGCCUAAGAUACUGCUUACGAAGUAAUAUUAUAAAAUAUAUAAGCAGAUUUUAGUGGGUAUGAUUCUAGAUUUAUAUCUGUCUAAAAUCCUCAUUUUGAAGUAUUAGUUGAAAAAAGUAGCUUUUCAAAUAUGAAAUCGUCCCAAAAUGGAGGAUGUCUAAGAUUUUAAAAUACAACCGCUGUCGGCAUUGGUUCAUCUAACUUCACCAAUUGCAAAAGUAAUAAAUUUGGAGGAGCUAUUUCUAUUUUUCCUAAAAAUUUACGCUAAUAUACUAAUAUUACAGGGCUCAAUAUUAUAGGAAAUAGUGCUUUAUUUGGAGGAGGUAUAUUUGUUAACUCGAGAAGCACUAUUGACGAAUAAAAAGAUGUUACCUUUAAAAAUAACACUUCAAGUUAUUUAGACAAUGAUUUAUAAGUUUGUAAACUAUCAUUUGCUAUAAAAUAAAUUAUUGAAUACAUUCCAAAUUAUUUUUAGCAAGAAUACCUAAUAAGAAACAUACCUUUGAGCAAUAAUGUUAACUUAACACCUGGUUCUAUAUACGUUGUUGCUAUUGAGUUGUAGUUUUUUAGCAAUCCAAGUGAUGAUGAGGAUUUUUAUACAAUAGAUAAUUUAAUUUUUGAGGGAAACAUGUACGAUUAUUGUUUUUUAAAAUAGGAAAAACCAUCAUUUGAAGAUUAUGCCCAAUAUCUAAACUACUCAAUAAACAUAUAAGAGUUUGAUCAAAAAAACCCAUAUAUUUUAUUUUAGCCAAACUCUAAGCUCUCCAAAUAUUAUACUAACUUCUAAUAUGAAAUUGAAAUAAUAGAUAACAUCGCUUUCUCAGCCAGUUAAUGUAUAGAAGGCUAAUAAAGAAUCUAAUUUAAUAAUUUAGAUAAUUCUAGGUAUAUUUGCUAAUACUGUUCAUCUAUGUCAGCAAAUAUCAGAAAUGAUACUUUUGAAUGCCAAAGUUGUGAUUCUUAGUUAUUCUCUAAGUGCUAUCUAAACUACACAGAGUUAAACACAGGAUAUUGGAGAUAGAGUAACUAAAUUAGUAAAGAUUAAAUUUACAAAUGCUAGAGCGUAUUUCAUGAUUCAUGUAUUGGAGGUAGUGGAUAUGGAAACUAGCUAUGCUCAGAAGGAAGAGUUGGAAAUGAAUGUGCUACGUGUGAUGAAACUUCCUCUUAUUGGAACUCUACUUAUACUGCAAGUGGACUCUAUUCUUGUGUUAAGUGUGAAGAUAUUUAGCAAAAUACUCUUAAAAUAUCUCUUGGCUUUUCACUGUUUAUAAUACUUCUUUUAAUUAUCAAUUUUAAUAACUUUAAGAAAACAUAAAAUUUCCUUUAUCAGCAGUACCUCUCACAAAUGAAGAUCAUUUUCAUAGGUACUAGUUUUACUAAAUUUGGACUUGCAUCUGUCUAUAUAAAAGUAUUGUCAUUCAAUGCUUCUCUCCUUGUCUUUAUCUAAAAUUAACUGGAAAUUAACUUUUAAAACUCGAUUCUUUAAACAUCAAUUUAAUAUUCAGCUCCGCUUUAAACGACUUUUGCAUCUGUAAACUGUGCCCUCUAUGAAUUUUUUCCAAGUAGUUAGCAUUAAGGCAUAAUAAGACUCAAAUUUUACUUAAUUCUACCACUGGUCAUAAUUCCUUUGACACUUAUAACUCCAUUCUUAAGAUACUUAUUUAAAUUGUCAAGUCUUAGGUUUUUGAAAUACAAUAUAGCUCUUUCAAUAAUUUAUACUCUAUUUAUCGUUUUUUAUAAUUUAAUCCUUAGUACUAUUUUAGAUUCCUUAACAUGUAGAAGUUUUGGUAAUGGUGAAAGAGCACUCUAAUUAGAUUUAACAGUACCUUGCGAUUAAGCAUCUAACUAUUACAUUUACUCAUUGAUAGGAUUGGCAGUUUACUCUAUUUUAGUCCCUGCAUAUUUGAUUUAUAGUUUGAUAUCUCGCAAACAUAAGUUAUAUGCAACUUAAACCCUAUUUUAAUAUGGGUUCUUAUAUUUGGAAAGAUCUUUUUUUAGAAUACUCAGUUUAUGA